AUGGGAAAAUAUGUCCAGGAUUUUCUAUGUUUUUCACCUCUUGAAUCUCAGAAUCACAAUAUUGUACCCGAAAUUGAAGUCAAAACCGGGCAACAUGAGAGUCCUGGUGCACGACGUCGACGACGAAGAAAAGCGAACUAUGAAACCAUAGAGCAACGUAAUAAUCUCCUAUCAAGUUCACAUGACAUAUUAGGAAGAUCUCGAAAUGUGAAAGAACUUAUCCGAAGCGAAAAUACAAUCAAUGAUAAUGAAGUGAUACCUAUGUCGGCAACCUCACCGAAAAGUAAAGGUGGUAUAACUGUCAGUAAAGUUCAUAAUGAUGAGAAACCAGUAGAAAAUGGAAAUACCUCAAUUAAACCACCAAUUAAUCAAAAUGAUAAUAGUAGAGUACCCACCGCUCGUUAUUCUCAAGUAAAAGUUCAUCGAGUCAGUAAAGUAGCAAAUCUAAAUGAAACAAAUGAAAGUCAGAAUGUCCCAUCACCAACAGCAGAUAAAUCUUUACCGAACACUAGUCGAGUUACUAUCGUGAAAAUAUCACGAAAUAAUAUGCCAAGAGCUCAAAGUAUCGAUGCGAACUUGCACAAACUCAGCAGCCAGCAACACUCACACGAAACCUCUCUAGGUAUAAGAAAUAACGGUACUCAAGUGGCAAAUAUGGGUGACCGAUUGGUGAAGAGAACUGAUUUUGAUCCACCUUUGAAGCAAAGACCGCGCGCAGCAAGUAUUGGUAGUAUCAGCGUGCUAAAAGUGAAAAGGCCAGCAGUUCAAGUACGACCGAUAAAAAAAAGUCCUCAAACAAACUCAUCGACGGCAAUUGACAAGAUCAAUGUAGACAGUCGUAUUAGUGUUUCUAAAGUUCCACGAGAGCGAUCAAAAACACGAGUUCAACCGACUUAA